CUGUCAUUUCCUCCAUUAGGUAUAGUUCAUUGGUUACUUUGAACCAUUGGUCCUUUGUAGGGAUAUUGCUGGUUCGCCAGUAUUGUGGAUUUAGCUGUCAUAAGUAACGUUAAUGCUAAUUCCUUUUUGGUCGAGUCUACAGGUUUGUAUCGGUGAAAUAGAAGUAUCGCUGGGGCAUUUAUAUCUAUCUGGCUUCCUAUGAUUUCUUCACACACACCUUUCACUAGUUUCCAAAAUAAGGCAAGUCUCAAGAAUGCUCCAUCCAUUCAUUUUCCUGCUAUUUGUGGUUCCUCUGUCCUCUCACUCUCCCAUGACACCAAACCCUUUAAAAUAUGGAUGCCAACUUGGGAAACCUGAACAAUGUGAGAAGGCUUCUUUUGUGCCUGGCCAUACCUUGCUGGGAGGAGGCUUAGACAUUGUGACCAUGAGCAGAACCCGUUCUUUUCUCCUCAACAUGCAGAUCUAUGAGAACAGCAACAAAACAUGCACAUUAUGUAAGAACGUUCAUCAUCAAAAUGCCCUGGAGAAAAUUCCAGUAGGCAUGAUCGACUGGCAACUCGACUCGUCAUGUUCCAAAUCAAUCUCCGGCAGCGUCUCCCAUUCAAAAGUAGAAAUGGCCAAGGAAGAAACUAAACGCAUUUCCAAUGAUUGGAAACAUGACCUCAACGUGUCAGUUGAAGUCUUCAAAAUAAGCACAGCAAUUGGUGGCUCCCACUCUAGAAUGACAAAAUUUGCAGAGACGAAAUCCGUAAUAGACAGAUAUGAAUUCCUCAGCAGCGAGCUUGAAUGCUCAGUUUACAGUUUCCGUCUUUCUCCAGAUGCGCCGCUGAGCUCUUACUUUGCUAAGGACUUAAGACAGCUCCCAAACUUGUAUAACAAAAACACCAAGCAGAAGUACAGGAGUUUCAUAUCCACAUACGGAACCCAUUACGUCACCGAAGCCCAUGUAGGGGGACGAAUUAAGGAGAUCACUGCUGUGCGGACCUGCCAAGUGGCUAUGAAUUCCCUGAAAAUGAGUGAAGUCAAAGAUUGUCUGGAGUUGGAAAUAGCGGGCUCUGUGAAUAUCGAAGCGGCAGAUAUCGGUCGCGGUUUGUCAAAUAAAUUUUGCAAGGAAAAGGCAAAUAAUAUAAACCAAGGAAGUGAUUUCCAUACAUCAUUUAAUGAACGAACGUAUGAGAUAAAAGGCGGUAAAGCUACAUUCAAUCUGUUUGAUGAGAAAAGUGGAGGGACUCCGGAAGCAUUUUCCGCUUGGGUGGAGAGUCUCAAAACUAUUCCAGAUCUGGUUAAAUUUGCCCUGAGUCCAAUUCACAACUUGGUGAAACUCAAUGGUCCCCAGAAGGAUAAUCUCAGAGCGGCUGUGAGUGAGUAUAUAAGAGAGAGGGCUUUACAUAUGAAAUGUUCCUGUCCAGGAAAUUCUCACCCAAGCCAUAAUGGGGACUGUUCCUGUGACUGCCAAGCAACGAAAUAUUCCAACUCAGAGUGCUGCCCAACCAACAAAGGCCUGGCCCAUCUCACACUAUAUGUUGAAAAGGCAACUGGUCUGUAUGGUGAUUAUUUUGGGAAAUCGGAUGCCUAUGUGGUAUUCAAGUUUGAUGGCCAAGAACAGAGGACAAGAACCGUGUGGAACAAUGAUAAUCCCGUCUGGAAGGACACUUAUAAAAUCGGUAUGGUGGAGCUCACUGCCGUGAAAAAGUUCACCAUAGAGGUGUGGGAUGAAGACUUUGGAUUACCUGAUAACUUACUUGGCAAGUGUUCCGAGCCCUUGAUGUCAGGAAUCACCCCAAAAACCUGUCGGUGCAAUUAUGGAAGUUUAUCCUAUCGUCUUACUGUCACUUGUGCCACUCACCUUCAGGGCAGCUUCUGUCAAGACUACAGACCAGUUCCAACCUAA